AUGAAUCCUACUGCUGUAGGAUAUAAAAUGACUAGUGGGGAGGCGUUGGGCAAGCUCGAGGCGUUUGACAUUACGAAAGACUGCCUAGUAGAGAUACUGCACACCACGAUGCUCGACGAGCUCAAGUGCCACAGCUACGACUCGAAAGCCUUUCGUCGCAUGCUCAGCAGUAGUCUGCGUCUUCGCCGUUCCUUUGUCGGUCGCGAUUACAAGGUUAUUAGCCAGCAAGCAGCCGUCAUCCUCAACGAUCUCCUCCAUCAUAGUUGGUCAGCAAAAAGCGAGGAGAAAAUGGAGGGUCUCUGGGCGUUCUUUGACUGCUUCCGUGUACACGGAGAGGUCAUGUCGCUAUUAUUUAUAUCCAAGAUAGAAACAAAGUUCUCUAUGUACAAGCUGCUGCUGAACAAGAAGACGGAGGAAUUGACGGCUAUGAUUGGUGUUGUCGACAAUUUCCUUAUUGCGCAAGGAAAUAUGACCGCCAACAGUAAGAUGGGUAACAAGCCCAAGCUAUACAUCUUACAUCACAUCGUGGAGGAUAUCGAACGUUUCGCCACUGCUAUUCAUUUUGAAUCAGAAAAAGGCGAACAGUUCAACAAAUUCCUCCGAGAACACAUCUUCCACACCAACCGCCACAACCCUUCGCGAGACCUACUUGUUUCCUUUGGAUGGUAUACAAUGUUUCGUUGCAUUGUCAAUGGAGGCUAUUUUCCCCAUGUCGCGUCCGGUCGACUUGUUCAUGCCAGCAACAAGAUCAUUGAUUUUGUACGAGCAAACGACAGUUUCCGCAAGUUGUACUGCGGAGCUAACCGUGAAAACGUCGACAACAAUGAGCACAAGGUGACUCUUAAGCGAGGCGUCAGCGGUCUCUUUAGGAUCAGAAAGAGCAGUGGGUGUCAAGAUGUCUUGGCUGAAAUUACAAGUUUGAACAAGCGUACAGGAGCAGUGUACUUAAAAUUGUUUAAGCCUGUAAUCACUCCGUACCCUACUGUUGACUUCUCACGGUUAUCCUCUCUAUAUACAACGAACUUUUCCACGUCCAUUUAUAUGAACACCAGUAAGAAUGAUGCUGCCAAUAUCAGAUUAAGGCGCUCAGGAACCGGUACGUUGGAGGUACAUCUUCCAGAGAUAAGUCUCUUGGAAGCAUUGGAUAUCCAAGUUCAAGCUACUGGUCAACAAGAGCGCAUCAUCAACAUUGGCAAGUUCGGUUCGUGGUGGAGGCUUUUGGUGUUGGCUCCGGAAGAAGUCUCGUCGUUGUGA